AUGGAUGAACCGAAAACAAGAAAAGCAACUGUAGAUACGGUAUUGAAAGGUCCGAUUAACUCGAGUCCCUUUGGCCCGUUUGCAAACCUUACAAAUUUGGCCCAUAGACAUGGCGAAAGUCCAGCGAGGAAUGCAAACAAGGGUUUAGAAACACCAGUAACAACUCGUCCUCAAGAGUUAAAUAUGUCCUUUUCGUGUGUGAAUAAUCAUAUUGAUAAUGCAGCAGCUCGAUAUGGCUUAUCAACCCCAGCAGUCACUGAUAGGUUGCAGAAUAAUGGUUCAACUGUGAGAAGAAGAAGAAGAACGAUAACUACUGCGCGUAACCUUGGCCCACCACAACGGGUAAAAAAGAUACAAACAGAGCCAGUUCCGGAAGAAGAGGAACCGAAAGAACCUUCCGAUCAACCUAGCCGUCGCAAGAUUUCAGACAGUAAAGAGCAUGAUGCUUUAUUAUCAAAGGAAGAUAACCAUAUUAAACCAUAUACAUAUCUCAAACCUACAAGAUCAAUUAAUGAUGAAAAAUCAAAUUUACAACAUUCGUUGAAAGUAGGUCAUCAAGAAGCUAAAUUACAAAGUGACUUAUAUAUGAAGGGUCAUUCGCCAGAAACUUCCAAGGCUGAGCCUAUUAUACAAAAUGUAAAUGCGCACAAAGACAUCAUGAUGCUCAAUGGAAAACCAUAUAAACGUUACGCGGUACUUGGUCGCGGAGGUAGUAGCAAAGUUUAUAAGGUGACUGAUUCAAACGGUCAAGUUUACGCCAUGAAAAAAGUCACUUUAGACAGAGUUGAUGAUAAUAUAAUAUCUGGAUACAUUAACGAAGUAUCUUUAUUAAAACGUUUAUCCGGAAGAGACGGUAUAAUAAAAUUGUAUGAUGCGGAAGUAAACGAAGAACGGGGAUAUUUAUUAAUGUUGUUGGAAUGUGGGGAACAAGAUUUAGCUCACUAUUUAUAUUCUCAAAAUGGAGAACCAAUAAAUUUAGAUGAUAUCCGAUUUUAUUGGGAACAGAUGUUAAAGGCCGUGUACGCGAUACAACUAGAAAACAUCGUGCACACAGAUUUAAAACCUGCCAACUUCAUAAUAAUAAACGGGACGUUAAAACUUAUCGAUUUUGGUAUUGCGAAAGCAAUACCAAACGGCACGACCAAUAUUCAUCGAGAACAUCAUGUAGGCACGAUUAAUUAUAUGUCGCCGGAAGCCCUCAACGACACGAGUGACUUAGAAACGGGCAAAAAUGGGAAAAAAUGCCUGAAACAAGGCCGACCAAGUGAUGUUUGGUCACUUGGAUGUAUUCUUUAUCAGAUGGUUUAUGGUCACACACCGUUCUCUCAUUUGAAUAUGACCAAAAAAUACCAGGCCAUACUUGAUGAAAAUUAUAUAAUUUCAUUUUCAACCACUACAAAUAACCAAAAUGAUAAGGCGAUUGAUGAAAAUUUGAUUCGUAUAAUGAAAGGAUGCCUCGAGAGAAACCCGAAAGCACGUUUUACUGUUCCGCAAUUAUUAACAGAUCCCUUUCUCAAACAUUCGCAAGAGCCUAUGGUAUUGCCGAUACUUGAUAAUUUGUUACAUGAAGCAUUAAAAUACGCCGAUAACAAUCUCAUAAAACAUAACGAGCACGAAAAAAUAACAAGUAUUGCAAAGGCGAUAUUUACACAAAUAAAAAAGAGAGAGCCGAUAAAUUGUGAUAGAUGGAACCUUUGA